AUGGCAAACGCCGUCUUCAGUCAAGGUCGGGGACAGGGACAAGAGUCGACUCCUCAUGCGUCCUCGGAGACGGUCGUCGAGGUCGAGACUGAAGGGCGCACGGCACAGCAUAUCUUCAACGAGCAGACAAACUAUGUGCCCAAGAGCACCAUCAUCACGAUCUUCCUGGCCUGCUCAGCCGUCGACCUUGUCGCAUUGAUGGACCAGACCACCCUCGCGGCCAGUUUAUCCAUCAUCGGCAACGCCCUGGACGCCAGCGAUCAGACGUCGUGGAUCUCGGGUGCUUAUUUCGUCACCUCAACUUGCUUCCAGCUCCUCUACGGUCGCCUCUCCGACAUCUGGUCCCGCAAAUACAUCCUCUACACCGGCCUCGUCAUCUUCUUCACCGGCUCGCUCGCCGCCUCCCUCGCCCAAACCGCCACCCAGCUCAUCAUCUUCCGCGCCUUCACCGGCGUCGGCGGCGGCGGCCUCAUGACCGUCGCCCAGAUGAUUGUCUCAGACGUCGUCCCGCUGCGCGAGCGCGGCAAGUACCAGGGGAUCCUGGGCGCGGUCGUCGCGCUGGCCAACGGCAUCGGCCCCGUCAUCGGGGGCGCGCUGGCGUCCAUCGACGCGGAUUCCUGGCGCUGGAUCUUCCGCCUGAACCUGCCGCUCACGGCGCUGACGACCCUGUGCGUCUGGCUCUUCAUGCCGCUGCGCAAGGUCAGCGGCGACUGGCGCGCGAAGCUGCGGGCCAUUGAUUUCGUGGGCGCCGGCCUGGCGCUGGGUGGUACUGCGGUGCUGCUGCUCGGGCUGAACUGGGGAGGCGGCGAGUAUCCCUGGCGAGAGCCGCAUGUGGUCGCGACGCUGGCGGUUGGCGCCACGGUCUGUGUGCUGUUUGUACUGUGGCAAUGGAAGGGCACCUCGUGUCCGCUUGUCCCGAUGCAUAUCUUCACGUCGCGGAUCGUCAACGGCGCGUGUUUGACCAUAUUCGUGAACGGGUGGAACUUCCUCGUCCAGAUCUACUAUAUCCCCACCUUUUACCAGCUGGUGUUUGGCUAUUCGACCGUGAAAGCGGGAGCCAUGUUGCUGCCCAUCACGCUGAUGCAGACUUUUAGUAGCACUGUCUCCGGGUUGGUCGUUCACUGGCUCGGCCGGUACAGAGAAUGCAUUCUCUUCGGCUGGAUGAUCUGGGCCGUCGGACUGGGCCUCUUCUCAACACUAGACAAGUCCUCCGGUCUGGGCAAGCAGAUUGGCUAUGGGAUAUUGACUGGCGUAGGAGUGGGGAAUACGCUUCAGCCCUCCCUGAUCGCCAUCCAAGCCGGUGUCGAGCGCCGCGAUAUGGCCGUCGUGACCUCAUUCCGGAACUUCGUCAGAAAUCUCGGCGGAACACUAGGUCUGGCUAUUUCGGGGACAAUCAUAAACAAUCUCCUCUCAUCGUCGAUAUCAGGUCUGGGUCUCGACGCCUCGGACAAGAGAGCCUUCCUAUCCAGUCCUCAGAAUUAUCUCUCUGGGCUCCCCGCUGAAGAAGCAGAGAAUGUGCGCGCCGUGCUGAUCCCCGCGUAUAGACGAGGCUUCAGGAUCAUAUUCGUUGUUGAAGCCGCGUUGGCUGCGUUCGCGUUCUGCCUCGCGUUUGUCCUGAUGCCUCAGGUUUCGCUGAAGCGAGAGGAUGAUGAGAAGUUGAAGGAGGAGGGGAAGAAGAGGGUGCAAGGGGAAACAGAUGAUGAGAAAGGUGCAUGA